AUGAGUGGGUGGACGUGCGAGGUGUGCACCUUCCUCAACGACGACGCCCUCCCCUCCUGUGAGAUGUGCGAGGCCAGCCGCCCCGCGACUCCCUCCUCCGCAGCCCAGCAGCAGCCCAGCCUCCUUCCUCCUCGAAGGGUGGCCCAGGCGGUGGCGCAGUGGCCGGACGACGACAAGGCAGAGCGAGAGCCCUUUGUCGUAGACGACGACGACGACGGCUCUGGCCACCCCUUCGCAAGGGACGCCGACUUCUGGCACUGCACGCUGUGUACCUUCCUCAACAGCAACGGUCGCAGCCAGUGCGAGAUGUGCCAGUCGGCUCGGCCGGGGACCAGCCCAGCCUCCCCGUCGGCAUCGGGCGGAGGCGCCGCAUCGGCGCACGGGUGGCCCGACGACACUGACGACAUCGACGAGGCCAGCGAUGACCACAACGUUCACGACAGCGCCGAAGUGGCGGCCUUCAGGCAGCGGUUCAACGGGUGGAAGACGAGGAGCGAGGGCAGUGGCAAGGAGUGGGAUCUGUCGCUCACGGACGUGUUCGCGUUCAAGAGCCGCCACGAGGUCCACCUGCUUCUCACCGAGACCUACCACGUCGACCCGGCCACGUCCCCCUCCUCCUCCACUUCGUCGGCGGCGCAGCCCGAACGGGAGAAGAAGGACAAAGGGAAGGGCAAGAAGGGCGGUGGACCCCUCUCGCUUCUCUCCCGCGGCCGAGGCGGCAAGGCCAAAGAAGACCACGGCGACGAGGGCGACGAGGGCGACGACAACGACGACACUGACAACGCGCCCAUUCUCGGCUCCGCUGACGACGAGGUCAAGAAGCAGAGCAGCAGCAGCUGCAGCAAAACGGAUAAGCGCAGCAACAACAACAAAAAGGACAAGUCGCCGGGCCGAGGCCGAGGCCUGCUCGGGCUGGGCGGUCGCGGCGGCGGCGGCGAUGGGGCCAAGCCGAAAAAGGUGGAGCGGCACAUCGACCUCAUCCUGCAGAUGCCCGCCCGCGGCAACACGGACAGCGUGUACUUCCUCGAACGCGUCAAGCGCGACAAGGACGACCUCGCCACCAUACGACCGGGCCAGGAGCUGAGGGCCAGCGAGGCGGGAGGGCGGGGCAUCAAGGUGUCCGACUGGAUCAACGACGUCAACGAGUUCCUCAUCGAGCACUCCAUGCAGGACGAGGCGCCCCCGCUGGGCUACCACCACCACCAGCCCCUCUACUUGCCCACCCAGGCACGCACCUCUUGCUCCCCCCUUUAA